GACAAGGGAACUCCCCCGGUGCGACCGGUCUCGCUCUGCUGCUCGCUGGCUCUCUCCCUCCUUCCCCUCCCUCCUCCUCCUCUCUGCGCUUUCCACCUCCCCUGCUCCUGAGUGAGCGCAGCCUCGGAUGUCCGGUUUCCUGGUGGGUUUUUCACCUGGCAAACUCUGGAUAACUUUGGUGAGAAUUUGCGAAGCGGCUGGGAAAGUUGGGAACUCCCCUGCAGUCGUCUACGAGCUUCUGCUACCGCAUCUUCUCCAUCCCACGGAUUUUACUGCCUUGGAUAUUGCGAGGGGAGGGAGGGGGGAGAAGGACAGCGAGAGAAGGGGGGAAGAGGAAGAGAAGGAGCCUCAUAAUUUCGCCUGCAUUCCUCCGGCUGCCCCGCGGCCCCGCUCCGCCCUGCACCAUGCACUUGCUGGAGGUGCUCUCCCUGGGCUGCUGCCUCGCUGCCGGCGCCGUGCUCCUGGGACCCCGGCAGCCGGCCGCCGCCGCCGCCUACGAAUCUGGCCAGGGGUACUAUGAGGAGGAGCCCGACGCGGGAGAGCCAAAGGCUCAUGCAAGCAAAGACCUGGAAGAGCAGUUGCGGUCUGUGUCCAGUGUGGAUGAACUCAUGACAGUACUUUACCCAGAAUACUGGAAAAUGUUCAAAUGUCAGUUGAGGAAAGGAGGUUGGCAACACAACAGGGAACACUCCAGCUUUGACACAAGAUCAGAUGAUUCCCUGAAAUUUGCCGCAGCACACUAUAAUGCAGAGAUCCUGAAAAGUAUUGAUACUGAAUGGAGAAAAACUCAGUGCAUGCCACGUGAAGUGUGUGUGGAUGUGGGAAAAGAGUUUGGAGCAACUACAAACACCUUCUUUAAACCCCCAUGUGUAUCCAUCUACAGAUGUGGAGGUUGCUGCAAUAGUGAAGGACUCCAGUGUAUGAACAUCAGCACAAAUUACAUCAGCAAGACAUUGUUUGAGAUCACAGUGCCUCUUUCUCAUGGCCCCAAACCCGUAACUGUGAGUUUUGCCAAUCACACGUCCUGCCGAUGCAUGUCCAAGCUGGAUGUUUACAGACAAGUUCAUUCUAUCAUAAGACGUUCCUUGCCAGCAACACAAACUCAGUGUCAUGUGGCAAACAAAACUUGUCCAAAAAAUCAUAUUUGGAAUAAUCAAAUUUGCAGAUGUUUGUCGCAGCAUGAUUUUGGUUUCUCUUCUCACCUUGGAGAUUCUGAUACAUCUGAAGGAUUCCAUAUUUGUGGACCAAACAAAGAGCUGGAUGAAGAAACCUGUCAAUGUGUCUGCAAAGGAGGCAUGAGGCCCUCAAGCUGUGGACCUCACAAAGAAUUAGACAGAUCAUCAUGUCAGUGUAUGUGCAAAAACAAACUUAUCCCUGCUUCCUGUGGGCCCAAUAAGGAAUUUGAUGAAGAAAAGUGCCAGUGUCUAUGUAAAAAGACCUGUCCUAAACAUCAACCUCUAAAUCCUGCAAAAUGCAUCUGUGAAUGUAUAGAAUCUCCCAAUAAAUGCUUCUUAAAAGGAAAAAGGUUCCACCACCAGACUUGCAGCUGUUACAGACCACCGUGUACAGUCCGAACGAAACGCUGCGAUGCUGGAUUUUACUUUAGUGAAGAAGUGUGCCGCUGUGUACCCACAUAUUGGAAAAGACCACUUAUGAAUUAGUGAAGAGAUCACUACUUGCUAUGUUGGUGUACAUUUUUCCAUUAGAACAAAAGAAGAACAGAAACUUUGCUAAUAUUUGGAAUUAAAUGUUCACCAGAGACCCUGUGGGGCUUUCAGAGACAGACUCGUGCUUUUCUCAAGAUGUGGAAAGCAAAUGUAGAAGAUAACUGGGGUUCAUGUUUUGUAAAGAACUCAAUAAGAACUUAUUUUCUGCCAAUGACCAAACAGCCUAGGUUCUCCUUCUUGUGAUUUUUUUAAGAGAUAAUGACUAUAUAAUUUAUUUCCACUAAAACCAUCGUGCAGCAUUUCUGUUUAUAGCAGUAACAAUUGUUAAAGCUCACUGUGAUCAAUAUUUUUAUAUCAUGCAAAGUAUGUUUAAAAUAAAAUGGAAAUUGUAUUAUA